GUCAUUGGUGCAGAAAAACUGUCAGAACCAAAGUGGACGGGGUUUCUAUGGUUCCCAGUUUAUGAAGCAGGCGGUGAUUUUUUUCUUUUCUUUUUUACUGCUAGAAACACAGUCGCCGGCUGCUUCAGUCCUCUAUUUACUGUUAUUUCAGAGGUGUCUCUCCUAAGCUGACUCGCCAUGGCUCCAAAGAAAAACGCUAAAGCUCACGUAAAACCCAAAGAUAAUACCAAAUCCCAGGCAUCCAAUAAAAAUGGAAAGAAGGCAGAUUCUGGCUCCAGCAGCAGCAGCUUCUUCACCUGGUUCAUUGUCCUUGCCCUGUUAGGUGUCUGGACAUCUGUAGCCAUGGUCUACUUUGACCUGGUAGACUAUCAGGGAGUCAUUGACAAGGCUAAAGGCUUGCAAAUUAACCUGUCUGAGGCCUUGCAAGGUAAACUGGUGGACUACGAUACUGAUGGUGAUGGCGAUUUUGACGUUGAGGACGCCAAAAUUCUGCUAGGACUGAAAGAGAAAGCAGCUGUGGUGGAAUCCCAUAAAGAAGAAGCUGCUGCCCCAGCAGAGACACACGAACCUGCAGCAGAAGCUAUUAUAGAGCCAGACCCCAUUCCUGUGGAGGAUGUGAUUGAAGCUGCUGCAGCACAGGACACGUCUGCACCAGAACCUGAGCAUGAGGUAGCAGCAGAGGCCAAGGAGGUUGCAUCUGAACCCGAGCCUGAGGCAGAACCCGAACAUGUGGAGAAUCUGGAGGUGCUUGAGGAGGAUCCAGAGGUGCUAGAGGAGGAACCUCCUAUUGUGGAGGAGGAGGCCCCUGUGGAAGAGACUGUUUUAGCUAAUGAAGAUGCAGAGGAGAUGAUGGCAGAUGAGCCUGCAGAGGAGCAGACUGUGGAGAAAACUGCUACAGAACAAGCUAUGGAAGAAGAGAAGGAGCCACUUGAUCGGGCUGUGGAGGAAGCUGAGGAGGAGGAGCCGGCUGCUCAGGAGGUGGCAGAGGAUGUAAAGGAGGAGAGUGCUCCUCUAGAAGAAGCUGUAGAAGUGAUAGCUGAAGAUGAGGAAGCUCUGUCAGACGAACCUGCUGAAGAAGUUGAGGCAGAAGACGAGCCCUCUCCUGCAGAUGAAGAAGCUGUUGAGGAUAUAUUAGAAGAGCUGAGCGCGCCCACGGAUCAGACAGUAGAGGAAGCAAAAGCUGCAGUGGAAGUAGAGCCCACGAAAGAGACUAAGGAGGAAGCAGAACCUACAGAAGAAGCAGAGAAGGAAGCAGAACCCACGGAAGAAGCAGAGGAGGAAGCAGAACCUACAGAAGAAGCAGAGGAGGAAGCAGAACCUACAGAAGAAGCAGAGGAGGAAGCAGAACCUACAGAAGAAGCAGAGGAGGAAGCAGAACCUACAGAAGAAGCAGAGGAGGAAGCAGAACCUACAGAAGAAGCAGAGGAGGAAGCAGAACCCACAGAAGAAGCAGAGGAGGAAGCAGAACCCACAGAACAAGCAGAGGAGGAAGCAGAACCCACAGAACAAGCAGGGGAGGAAGCAGAACCCACAGAACAAGGAGGGGAGGAAGCAGAACCCAUAGAAGAGGCAGAAGCUGCAGAGGAGGAAGCAGAACAGCUUCAGGAGGAAGCCACUGAAGAGGCAGAUCCUUCAGAAGAAAUAGUGGAAAAUGAUGCAGUAGCAGCAGACACAGAGGCUACUCCAGAGGAAGAAGUGGAGGAAGAAACUCCAGAGACAGAAGAAAUGCAGGAGGCAGAGGAGGCAGCACAAGAGGCAGACUUUGUGGAGACAGAGGAGCAAAGUCAUGAUGAGCCCAGAGAAACGUAGAGGCUGCUGCAGUUGUCAUGGUGAUGGAGCAGGGACCCACUGACGUUGCAUCAGCUCAGAAUGAUGAUGCAUCUCCAGAGAAACGAUUGAAUUGUUUUGACAACACUCACCACUCACCCCACCCUUUAUUUUUUCACACCUCUACUUUAAGUUUUGCCGUUUUUUUUUAGCGUCAGUGUGAGAUAUUGCUGAAGUUGUUUACUAAUAGGCUGCUUUUGUUUUGACUCUGUUUUUCUUCUUCCAGUUUUCUUCAGAAUAAUUUAGUUCUCUGUCUGUGGUCCAGUUUCUAGGCCACAUUGAGUCUGUGGGUUUUACCAAGUAAAUCAAGUCCCCAUCAUUGUAACUUUAACUUUAUUUUUAAGUCUCUUCUUAGCUUCCAGUCUUUUUGUUGCAGAGCUGAAUAAGUUAUUUUAAAUGUGGCAAAAUCAGACUUCAAAUGUAUAAUCAUAAUUGAGAACCUUUCCCUCCCUCUGUUGCAGUGUAAAUAUAGCCACCUCGAUGCACCUACUUCCUGCUUUUAAUGUUGGGGAUUCAAUGCAGAGCAGAGAUGGCGAUUCCUGUUGCCCUGCUCACCUCCUCACCCCUGCUACGUUAUUUACCACAAAGUAUGUGUUGAGUCCAGGAUGAGCCAUUUGCUAGCCUGUGUGAAUGCGUCUGUUCCCUAUGUGACCCAGGAUGAGUGCGUUCUAGCUCCUAGACAAAUCUUUUUUGCUAAUCAAUCUUUUGAGUGAGCUGCUGAUGUGAUGUAGUUUUUAGUCUAUCUUUUUUUAUUCUUAAACUACGUGUAUAUAUGUGUUUGAGUUUGUGUGUGGUCUGGACAUUCCUAGCUUUUAUUUUUGUUUAUCGUAUUUCUAGGUAUGAAUACUAAGACAAUUUAAAGAGACCAUCAAAUUAGUUUUACUGAAGUUUGAACUGUGAUGUCUGUUAAGACACUGAACAGGGCACAAGUGGCGUAAGGAUUCAUCACCAGCUGAACAGGAGUCGGAGCCAUUUUUUGUCCUGUGGGAUCUAGACAUUUUGUAUUGUGUGGUAUUACUGGCUCAUGGAGGGUUACACGGACCAGGUGCUGCAAUCCUGUGGAAGGUUGACUGUAACUGACAAAGAUCUGUUUGUCAUGACUAGUAAAGACUCUGUGUAAUCAGAAGAAUGCACACAUGUUUAGUAUCAUCAUUUCUCCUCCUUUUGUAUCUGUGUUGAAAGUGGCUGUUUAUUUCAAGAUACUGGCAUGAACAGUAUCUGGAACUGAUGAUGUGAGACAGUGGAUGAGGGGAAAGUCCCGUUUUACUGUUAUUGUCAGGUUUUAGGGAUGCAGCAUUUUCCAGUGGGGUGGGGAGCUGCAUGACACCUUAUGUUUUCUUCCUCUGUCUCUUCUGCUUCCUAACACUUUGUCAAUGUGAGUUUCCAGGUUUGUUUUUAUAGGGACAGUUUAAAAACUUGGAAAAAUAAAGACAAGCUGUAAUUUUCUAAAAAUGCUUUUCAAAGCCAUAAGCAGUUCCAGCCAGGUUUAUGGAGCUACACUACUACAAACUACAGCCAACCAUUACUAAUGUCUGUAGAGGUUUGUGAUAUGUGGACAACUCUUUAUUAGGUGAAGCGAGGACACGUUACCAGGGUGGGAUAAAUUACUUCAGCUGUUGGUAGCUUUGUCCCAAAGUGCUGCCUGUCAAUUAUAACCUGGAGUCUGCAGAGCUAAAACUGGGCUGUAGACGCUGACACCGAUUUAAAUUAUUGUGACUAUCAAUUGCUGAAAAAGGGGAUUAUAAAUGUGACUUUUCUGUAAAUGAACUGUUCUGGGAGCUGUAAUAAAAUGUUUGGAACAACA